AUGCGGCAAGCACAAAGCUUGCUCUCUAGCAAGAAGUCUAAGGCAUCUGCUCCUGCCUGGACCGGCGUUAUCACGCUCGCCCGGAACAUGGCCAAGAAGACUCCCUACCGGGCUGCGCUAAUCCAGGGCAAAGUAGCAGAUGUCGAGGUGGUGUUGCGAUCGGCAGCAGCCAACUCCAGCGUAGCGGACAUCACCCACCGCGUCCCCUUCGACGAAGUAGCGAAGAAGGUUGCAAGCGGUUCCAUUCUUUCUCUUGUGCCGAAUAGCAUCAUGGAGCAGGCGAGCUUUGAAGAGUACAACAAGUACUUCCGUGCGAAGAGCAGGGCGGGAGUGGCCAGACUUGAUGGCUCACUGGCCCUUUACGUCAUGCCUUGUGGGGAGGACAUCGCGCCUCUCAAAGAUUCCUUGUAUGCUCUGGGGCCUCACAUUCCCAGAGCGGGAUGUCUAAUAGGCUUGAUCGCUCCGGGCACGGCGGCAGUCAACGCAGCCCCAGCCACUGCGGCGCCAGUGGGCACUGCCACAGCUAGCAAACCGCCGAAGCAGGAGCCCCAGGAAGCCCAACCUGUGGCAAAAGAGGCUCCAGCAGAAGAGAAGGCCCCAGCUGUGGAAGCCAAAGAAGAGGAGGGCGGUGAUGGAAUGUCGAGCAAGGAGUUGAUGGAUUUAUUCUCAAAUCCGGAUCUGAUACAGCUGCUGCAGAAGGAGGUUGGCGAGGAAUCCUGA